CCCGAGGAUAUUUUUGGAACUUUAAAAUUCCCUCUCUCUCUCUCCUCUCGUAACCCCGCGUUUCAAUCAGUCCAAUAUUGCAAAACGGCGACUCACGAAACUCAUAAAUUUUCUUUUUCCAAAAAAAAAAAAAAGAAAAUACUGUUUUUAUAUAUCGUUUUAAAAACACACUGUCUCUCUCUCUCUCUCUCUUUUUUAUGUCCAAAACCAAAAACUUAAGCUUUUUUUAGUAGUGUCCUUGAAGCAGAUCGUACAAUACAAACUGCUGUAUUUUUUUUUUGUCUAAAUUCUCUUUUUUUCUUUCUCUUCACUCUCAGAUUCUUUUCUCUUCAUUGUUCUCUUCCGGCUUGGAAUUCUUACUUGUAGCAAAUCCUUUUGUUGCUUUCUUGCAAUCCUUUUUUUUUUUCUCCAGUAAUUCUCUUCUUUUGAUUUUAAAGAACAUGUAACUGUCUCCACUUUGUAACUGUUAACAAGUUUUAAUCAAUGGAACAAAGGCUUCUAUAGCAAAUAUUGAAUUGCAAGGAAAUGAAAGGGGAGUCAUCUGGAUUGAUCAUUGGGAUCUCUAUAGGGGUUGUGAUUGGAGUGCUUUUGGCUAUUUUGGGACUUUUCUGUUUUAGGUAUCAUAGGAAGAGAUCACAGAUAGGGAAUAGCAGUUCAAGGAGGGCGGCGACUAUCCCUAUUCGAGCUAAUGGUGCUGAUUCAUGUACUAUAUUAUCCGACUCAACUCUUGGUCCAGAAUCACCUGUUAAAUCUGGACGUAAUGGCAUGUCCUUUUGGCUUGACGGAUUUAAGAAGAGUAAUGUAGUGGCAGUGUCUGGAAUACCAGAGUAUUCUUACAAGGACCUGCAAAAAGCAACCUAUAAUUUUACGACAUUAAUAGGACAAGGAGCAUUUGGUCCUGUAUAUAAAGCUCAGAUGUCAACUGGUGAGACUGUUGCUGUUAAAGUGCUUGCAACUGAUUCCAAGCAAGGGGAAAAAGAAUUUCACACUGAGGUAAUGCUGCUAGGGAGGUUGCAUCAUAGAAACCUGGUGAAUCUGGUUGGCUAUUGUGCAGAAAAGGGUCAACAUAUGCUUAUAUAUGUUUUUAUGAGUAAAGGCAGCCUGGCUUCUCAUUUGUACAGUGAAAACCAUGAAACAUUGAGCUGGGAUUGGAGGGUUUAUAUUGCUUUAGAUGUAGCAAGGGGGUUGGAGUAUCUUCACGAUGGGGCAGUUCCUCCUGUGAUUCAUCGAGAUAUUAAAUCUUCCAACAUUCUGUUGGAUCAUUCUAUGAGAGCCAGGGUAGCUGAUUUUGGUCUUUCAAGAGAAGAAAUGGUAGACAGACGCGCUGAUAAUAUACGGGGAACAUUUGGAUAUCUUGAUCCUGAGUACAUAUCUUCAAGGACAUUUACAAAGAAAAGUGAUGUCUACAGCUAUGGAGUGUUGCUCUUUGAACUUAUAGCUGGCAGAAAUCCUCAACAAGGUCUCAUGGAAUAUGUUGAACUAGCAGCAAUGAAUACUGAGGGAAAAGUUGGAUGGGAGGAAAUCGUGGAUUCGCGUCUAGACGGGAAAUUCGACGUGCAAGAGCUGAAUGAGGUAGCAGUUCUUGCAUAUAAAUGUAUCAACCGGGUACCUAAAAAAAGACCUGCCAUGAGAGACAUUGUGCAAGUACUGGCACGGAUCCUCAAGUCAAGGCACAGUAGAAGGCAUCACAAAAAGUCACUUUCUGCCACAGCAGAUGAAGUUUCUAUUGACAUGGAUCAACUAGAAGUCAAGACUCCUGUUUCAGAAUGCCAUCGGAGGGAGGAGUCUAUGGACAGUGCUGACACUUGUGAAUUUAGAUGAUUGGUUUUUGCUCAUUUGAUUCCAUUUUAGAGUUUUUUGAUUUCAUGGUUUUGGUUUGAAUUUUCCUCUUUCUUUUAAAAAAGAAACAAAGAAAAAAAGAUUUCUUCUGUGAGAUAUACAUGCACAUCCAAAAAGGAGUUUAGAUGGCAAGGUCUGAUUUCUGCCUAGAAAGAAUUAGACUGAAGGAUCCAAAUUCAGUUUUCUUGUAAUUUUUCUGUAACAUAAUUAGGCCCUCUAUUUCUCUGAUUUUGUACAUUAAUCUUUCAGAAAUGGAAAUGGAAGAAAAUUUAUCCUUUUCUUCUGACCUGGCUUCA